AUGGCAAAACGAAGAGUCAAGAAGCGCACCCACAUGGGCGCAAACAACCCGCAGCCCAACUCGGCCGGACAUGCCUCGGCCCGUGAUCCCAAGAGCAUGGUUAUCAGAAUCGGCGCUGGAGAAGUUGGCUCAAGCAUCAGCCAGCUCGCGGCAGAUGUGCGCAAAGUCAUGGAGCCUGGCACUGCUAGCAGGCUCAAGGAGCGAAGGGGAAACCGAUUGAAGGACUACGUUGUCAUGUGCGGUCCGCUGGGAGUGACGCAUUUGAUGCUGUUUUCGCGAUCAGAGGGCGGCAACACCAACAUGAGAGUUGCGCUGGCACCUCGAGGACCGACGCUGAACUUUCGAGUCGAAAAGUAUUCCCUGUGCAAGGAUAUCCAGAAGAUCCAGAGGCAUCCCAAGGGCAUGGGCAAGGAGUUUCUUGCCGCUCCUCUGCUCGUCAUGAACGGCUUCUCUCGACCUGGCUCAACCGCCAAAUCAAAGGUCCCCAAGCAUCUCGAGUCAUUAGCCACCACCGUCUUCUCAUCCAUGUUCCCCCCGAUCAACCCCCAAACCACGCCGAUCAAGUCGAUUCGCAGAGUGCUGCUCCUGAACCGAGAGCCGUCAAAGGAGGACGACGGUACUUUUAUUCUCAACUUUAGGCACUAUGCCAUCACCACUAGACGAUCGGGAGUCUCAAAGCAGCUGCGCCGAAUCAACGCGGCUGAGCAGUUCCUCAACACCAAGACCAGCCGACGCAGCCACGUGCCCAACUUGGGCAAACUCGAAGAUAUCGCAGACUACAUGAUUGGCGAGGGUGGCGAUGGAUAUGUCUCCGAUGUGACGAGUGGCAGUGAAGUCGACACCGAUGCCGAAGUUGAAGUCCAGGACACGGCGUCUCGAAAGGUCCUGUCUGCCAAAGCCCGAGCUGCCGCAGCAGAGAACGGCCAAGAUGAGGAGCCGGAAGAGGCAAAUGUAGAAAAGCACGUGGUCAAGCUCGUCGAGCUCGGACCUCGUAUGCGACUGCGUUUGACCAAGGUCGAGGAGGGAAUGUGCUCGGGUAAGGUCAUGUGGCACGAGUACAUCCACAAGUCGGCUGGCGAAAUCAAGGAGCUGGAGAAGCGAUGGGAGAAGCGACUGCAGGAGAAGGAGGCUCGACGACGCGAGCAAAAGGCCAAUGUGGAGAAGAAGAAGGCGGCCAAGGAGGCUCAAAAGGCAUCUCAGAAGGGCGGAAAGGGCAACGGUGACGAGGAGGAGGAAGAUGACGAGGAUGACUACGAGUACUACAGCGAUAUGGAUGUGGAUGAGUUUGACAGCGAAGGGCUGGCUGGUGAUGCCGAGUUCAAGGUCAACGAGCAAAAGGAAGAGGAUGGCGAGUGGGAAGACCAGGAAGAGGAGAUUGGUAAUAACUGA